GGGAGAAAGAAGAUGAAGAUGGGAGGUGAAAUUGAAAGGUUCAUGAAAGUAUGGAUUUCAACCAUCAUAUCUCUAAGUUAUUGCUAUUACAUAGUUUCUAGAAUACCAAAAGGUUUCUUGAGGCUUCUCUCCCUCCUUCCAAUUCUCUGUCUCUUCUUCAUGCUUCCAUUAUACCUCUCUUCACCUACCUUAGUUGGAACAAUUUCCUUCUUCCUUUGGCUUGCCACAUUCAAGCUUCUUCUUUUCUCCUUCAACCAAGGCCCUCUUGCAAUAUCACCCCAAAACAUUUUCCUCUUCAUCUCCAUAGCUUCCUUACCCAUCAUCCCAAAACAACACCCUCCAACCAAGCAAAACCACACCACCAACAAACCCAAAUGGCUUUUUCCUCUGAAACUGCUUCUUUUUGCAAUGAUAAUUCGUGCUUAUGACUACAAACAAAAUCUUCACCCUAAUCUCUUAUUGCCCAUUUAUUGCUGCCACGUUUACCUUUCCCUAGAACUUCUCUUAAUCUUCAUUGGAGCCAUGAUUCGAACUGUUCUUGGCUUUGAGAUAGAAUCACAGUUCAACGAACCCUACCUUUCCACUUCACUUCAAGACUUCUGGGGUCACAGAUGGAACCUCAUGGUGUCUCAUCUUCUACGUCCUACUGUAUACAAUCCUACACGCAGUAUGCUUUCAAGUUUUGUGAACAUCUCUUGUGCCACUUCGGCUGCCAUGUUAGUCACUUUUCUUGUAUCAGGACUCAUGCAUGAGUUAAUUUAUUAUUAUCUUACUCGUGUGACUCCAACGUGGGAAGUGACAUGUUUUUUUGUCCUUCAUGGUGUGUGCAUGGUGGUGGAGGUGGUUGCGAAAAAGGUGGCUAGCCACCGUGAGUGGCAGUUGCAUGGUGCGGUGUCAGGGCCCCUUGUGAUUUCAUUUUUAGCCAUCACUGCAAAUUGGUUGUUCUUUCCUCAAUUGCUGAGAAAUGGUAUGGAUACAAAGACUACUGAAGAGUAUGCUCUUUUGAUUAAGUUUUUUAAGUCGAAUUUAUCAUUACAAGUUUUAUGAUUCAAUAAAGAGUUAGACAUUUAUCUU